AUGAAAUUCACCGAUUCACCAGUCAUAGACCUCAAAAUCAAAGACAAAACUCUUUCUCUUCAACAAGAUAACGGUUCCUUCCACGUUGGAACUUCAGUUUGGCCAUGUUCUUUAGUCCUCUCCAAAUUCCUCGACCGCUGGACCCCACAAUCCACAAACCUUACCACCACCACUCCAAACCCUUACUCCACCCUCCUCAGCUUCCAAAACCGCCGUGCCAUCGAACUUGGCACCGGCUGUGGUGUCACCGGCAUGGCCCUUUACCUUCUUGGACUCACUGACAUUGUCCUUACUGACAUCCACCCUGUAAUGCCAGCUUUAAAACACAAUUUAAAGCGAAACAAGCAAGUUCUUGGCAAGAUGUUGAAGACAGCGAUUCUGUAUUGGAGUAAUGUGGAUCAAAUUAAUGGGGUUAGUCCGGCUUUUGAUUUUGUAAUUGCCGCGGAUGUUGUUUAUAUUGAGGAGAGUGUGGGGCCAUUGGUGAAGGCAAUGGAAAUGCUAGUGAAAGAUGAUGGGGUUGUUUUGUUGGGGUAUCAAGUGAGGUCACCGGAGGCGGAUAAGUUGUUUUGGGAGAUUUGUGGAGAGGUUUUUGUGAUUGAAAAAGUUCCGAAAGAGGAUUUGCAUCCUGAGUAUUGUUAUGAGGAGACUGAUGUGUUUAUAUUCAAGAAAAAGAAGAAGAAUUUAUGA